AUGUCAGCUUUAUACAGCCCCGAAGCAACACACUACGAAAGUCUCGAAGACCAAAGACUUCAUGAAUCAGGGAAAGAGAAUCAUGAUGAUUUCUCCAAAUCAGACGAAGAAGAAUUAUUCCUCGAGCGUCAUGACUCCCCCUCUCAUCAAAAGCAACACAGCCAUAAGCGAAAAAUCUACAUCGUGGCCGCCGUCGCUAUAAUCAUUGCUCUCGUAUCAAUCACAUUCGGAGCAUACUCAACAUUACGUUUCCAAGCUUUGAAGCACACCUACAAUAGUGCAUCUACUCAGCAACCAUCACAACCAGAAUCUCACUCCCACGAAAGCCACGAACACAAGCAUGAGCAUCUCCCCAUCUCACCCACUCAAUCCAGCCAUCCCACACAUCCAGACCUCGAUUGCGGCAACAGCGAAGCCACUGCCAAAGCCGCAGGUUGUACAUUUAACAUCAUGGCAUUCUCCUACGUUCCAGCCGCCUGCAACGGCAGUGAAAUCAUGAGCUCCUUCGUCGACAAACACGCCAAUCUCCCUCUGGACGGCGCCGGAAUCUUCCCCUGGUACCGCUGGUCCAACCGGACCGAGCCUGUUCCACAAGAUGCAAACGAGCUUAGUAAAUAUCCGUUUAUUUGGACGACCCAUGAAUGGCAUAUUGCGCAUUGCUUAUACAAUUGGGCUUUGACUACGAAUGCCAUUUCGCGGGUUCUCAAUGAGGAGAAAAAUGUGUGGAUUUUGCAGGAUGCGGUGCAAGGAGGUCAUAUUGCGCAUUGUAAUGGUUUGGUUUCUGAUAGAGUGACGAGUGGUCUGACGCCUUUGAGAGCUUUUAGGGCGAUUGGCCGUUGUGUAAAAUUAGACACUGACGGUGUUGCUACUUUGAGCAAGGAUCCUUAUGGAAGUCAUGUGGAUUAA